GUCUUUUUUAGAAGUAAUAUUGGGAGCUUAAAAAUAAAAAGAAAUAGAUCCGAAUUUAAUAAUUUGUAAUUAUCUAAAAAGAAUUUUAAUAGAAAUAAUUAAUUAAUUAAUAAAUAAAUAAUAAGAACGAUACAAAUAACAUUCAAUUAAAUUAAGAAAGAUAAAGCAGUACAUCAAAAAAGUAAAAUGUGGGGAAAUAGCUACAAUAAUAAUAGUUCUAGUAAUGGAUACUCAAAUAACAAAAGCAACGGAUAUUCAAGCAGCAAUAAUAAUGGAAACUCCUAUGGAACCGGUGGCAAGUGGAAUGAUAACGGAGUUGGUUAAAAUUUGGCUGCAAUCGAUUGGACAAAAGAAAAUCUUACUACAUUUUAGAAAGUUUUUUAUAAGGAAAGUUAGAAAAUAAGAACUGAAGAAGAAAUCGAAGAAUUUUACCGCCAGAACCACAUCUCAGCCAAAUCACCUCAUGGAAAAGUACCUGACCCUUUUUUAAGCUGGACAGAUACUCACUUCCCUUAAUAUAUUAUGAAUGAAGUUACUCACGCUAAAUUUGAAAAACCCUCUCCUAUUUAGUCUUUAGCAUUCCCUGUAGUCCUUAGUGGUCACGAUUUGAUUGGUAUUGCAGAAACAGGUAGUGGAAAAACUCUUUCCUUCCUUUUACCCUCAAUAGUUCAUAUUAAUGCUCAACCAACUGUCAAAAAGGGAGAUGGUCCUAUCGUCCUCGUUCUUGCUCCUACUAGAGAACUUGCUAUGCAAAUCGAAAGAGAGUCCGAAAGAUUUGGUAAAUCCUCUAAGCUUAAAUGUGCUUGUAUCUAUGGUGGUGCUGACAAAUACUCCUAAAGAGCACUUCUCCAAUAAGGUGUAGAUGUAGUUAUUGCUACUCCUGGUAGACUUAUUGACUUUUUAGAAAGUGAAACUACUACUUUACGUAGAGUUACUUAUCUCGUAUUAGAUGAAGCAGAUAGAAUGUUAGAUAUGGGUUUUGAAAUUUAAAUUAGAAAAAUCUUGGGUUAAAUUAGACCUGAUCGUUAAACAUUGAUGUUUUCUGCUACCUGGCCUAAGAAUGUUUAGAAUCUUGCUUAAGAUUAUUGCAAGAAUACUCCCGUUUAUGUUCAAAUCGGAAAACAUGAAUUAGCUAUUAACGAAAGAAUUAAAUAAAUUGUUUAUGUUACAGAUCAAUCAAAGAAAAUCAAUCAACUUAUCAAGCAAUUAGAUUGUUUGACUUAGAAAGAUAAAGUAUUGAUUUUCGCUUAAACAAAGAAGGGAUGUGAAAGCAUGAGUCGUAUUUUGAAUAAAGAAGGAUUUAAGUGUCUUGCUAUCCAUGGUGACAAAGCCUAAAAAGACAGAGACUAUGUUAUGAACAAGUUCAAAAGCGGAGAAUGCAGAAUCCUUAUUGCUACAGACGUAGCCAGUAGAGGUUUGGAUGUUAAGGAUGUCUCCCACGUAUUUAAUUACGAUUUCCCAAAGGUUAUGGAAGACUAUGUCCAUAGAAUCGGUAGAACAGGUAGAGCUGGAGCAUAUGGUUGUGCAGUAUCUUUCCUUACUUUUGAAGAUGAUAAAAAGAUAUCAAGGGAAUAUGUCCAAAUGCUUCAUGACGCUAAGUAAGAAAUUCCCAUUGAUCUUCUUGAUCUUGCUAAUCCCAGAUACAGAACUUAAUAUAAAACUGUUUCCUCUUCAUACUAUGAUAUUAAGAAAUUUAACAGUGCUGAUACUUCAAAGCCUUCAGAAAAUCAGAAUGUUUCAAAUACUGCAAAUAGCAGCGACAAGUACACCAGCAGUAGCAGCUACAAUUAAUAUAAAAGCAAAAAAGAUGAAGAUGACAAGAGAAGUAGAAGUAGAAGUCCAUAUAAAUCUGAAAAUAACAACAGAUGGGAUAAAUAUAAUCGCACAAAAAGCCCAGAAUACCGCAGUUCUAAUGGAUCUUCUCAUUAUAACAACGUUAACAAGUAUUCUUCAAAUUCUAAUAAUAAUUCAAGUUCAUAUUCAAAGAAUUAAUCCUCCACAUCAUCAUCUUCUUCCUAUGGAUAGAAUAAUUAAUCAUCCAAUUUAAUGAGUAAACCAUCUAGUAAAUUCUCUGCUCCUACAAAUGGUAGUUACACAAAUGGAUUUUCUUCAGUCUAAUAAAAUUCUCAAGUUUAAAAUCCAUUUAUGCCAAUCAAUCCUUUACCUCAACCUUUUAUGUACUAAAUUCCUGGAUUUAAUGGUUUCCCUAAUCAAGGUUUCAAUAACUUUUACACUGGUAUGGUUCCUCCUCCUCCACUCCCUACUGGUGCUCCCUCAUAAUAAUAAAAUGGAUUUGCUUAAAAUACAACAACAUCUUCUUGA